AUGCGAUUCAAAUUCUGGGGCGCUAUUCUCAUUAUAGCAGAUUUAACUUGUUUUGCUAAAAAAGAGGAGGGUUACACAUUUGACGGACCAUUUACUCACGAAGCCUUAGUGGGCAGUUUGGUGGAAUUGCCGUGUUAUGUGAGUUCUUCCGCAAAACGCAUAGUUCUCACUGCGUUCACAUCAUCUGGGGCCUACAUGUAUGCCCUGAAGUGGGUUCACAGGCGUUGGGAGCGGGUGGUGGAUCCCUGGGGAGGUGAUGGUCGAAGAAGCUACUUGGAAAUGAGCGUCUCACAAACCUCUGAUGGAAUAGCUGAAUCUUUGGGCAUUUUCAACAUCCCCUCGAUUUCCGGUGUGGGGCUUCGGGUGCUCGCCGUGAACCCCUCUGAUGGCGGCCAGUAUGCCUGCGUCCUUUCCAGACCUUCCUGGGACCAGGGCCUUAGUGUUGAUAUGGACAAUUCCACGCUACUUUCCAUUCAUUCGCUUCGUAUUAUUGAGGCCAAGGAUUUUGUUAAUGAGAUGGCACCAGUGAUUCCGACGUUGGCGAGAGCUGAAGACGAGGCAGAGCCCGAGAAGAAGUCUGAAAUGGGGAGCAACACAAACAACGAGAAAAAGGGGACGUUCUUUGAUGCAUGGACUUGGCAACUUUAUUCGUUCAUUAAAGAUGCUCCAGAAGUGGACAUUUUUAAAAUUGACUGCUACGCUGAUAUACCGCUGGUGGGACUUGUUCUCCGUGGGCUUGGCAACCCUCUUCCUCGCAUCGGCUGGAAAUUCGUCCCACGUGAAAGUAGUCCGUGGUUCAAUGUUUCGCCAGAACACGAAACCUGGGAUGUGCUAGCGCCUGUUCAGCUUUGUCCGCACGAAAGAGCCGAAAAGUGUUCUAGUGGAUCAGGCACCGAUAGCAAAAAUAGACUGGAACAUUUGAGUCAACACUGGGAAAGCAAAUCACACAAAGUAACCAAUAAUCUCGAUAGCGCUUUCAGAAUGGCCACUGAACGCGUCUGGAUGGCUCGAUGGCUACUUGUCAAGUCCAGCGCAACUUUUGGUUCUGGAACUUGGCAGUGCUGGAUCGAAGGACCAAACCUAUUUAAAAAUACCUCCACAGAUGUUUUCUCGUCCACGAAGGAUCAAUUCCUAGUCUCCGAGGUGCGAGUAUUCGUGGUUGCUCAGGAGCACUUGACUUGGCACAACACCGUCGAGUUUUGGCGGGUUCUAGUCACGUGGGCGGCUCCGACUUGUUUUCUCUUGUUCUACCUUCUCGUGGCCGUUAGCUGGGCUGCCUCAAUGCGUUGGACUCAACUCCUUUAUUACUCAUCGCCAAUUUCAAAGAAAAAGACACCCACGUUGAUACAGAAGACAGAAUCAGAUCAUCAGGAAGAAGCAAAAGUUUGUCCUUACGACUUUGAAGAGCGGAUCUACACAAAGGAAUUUCUUUCACAGCAUAAAAUUCGAGUUUAUUUUGAUGAAGAGUUACAGUUUUAA